AUGGCGAGAGAGGAAAGUGGAUUGGUACAGAUUGCAGUCGUUUCUGUACUUACUGCAGUGCUGCCAAACAGGAUCAAUAGUGGUGGAUGUGUGGUGGAUGACGUGAGGAACGGUCGAGGGGAGCACUACAGGAUGUACAGCGUAUGGCUCGGCGGCUCCCAAUCAAAUCAUGUCCUGUCCAAGAUAGACGAAAAGCAGUGGCUGACGCUUCGUGAGCUGGCAGUCCCCUUGUUCUGUGUGUUGAAGCGGCCUAGUACCUGCACUGGCCUUGUCUGCUCAUUACAACGGCAAAGUGUCUUGCUGGAAUGGCUGCGUGCCCAACAUGCAUUCGCCGACGCAAUGUUCUGUCCUUCGUUGUCCACUGUCACCAUCGCCGUCAUUGUCACCAUCGCCGUCACUGUCACCAUCGCCGUCAUUGUCACCAUCGCCGUCAUUGUCACCAUCGCCGUCAUUGUCACCGCUCGUGGUCGAUCAACCGCAGAACUGGCACUUGGCAAUCUCCCAUCGACCCAGAUUUGA